AUGCCAGAUAUGUCAGACACGGCUGUGCGCGUCCCCCAGUCGGCCAACGUUGGGCCCUACGAUGGGACCCAGACGCCACCGGCCGUCGAGGUGGCGUCGUCGAUCAAGACAGAGCCCGAGAUUGGGCAGCUGUUUGACCUGUCGUCAGGUGCUGUCAUCAUCACCGGCGGCGCCAGGGGUCUCGGUCUCACCAUUGCCGCCGCCGUCGUCGAGUCGGGCGGAGAUGUGUACUGCUGCGACAUUCUCCCGUCGCCCUCGCAGCAGGAGUGGCAGGCCCUCGAGGCCAAGGCCAAGAAGCUCGGCGCCGUGGUGGCGUACCGUCGCCUCGACGUGACUGACGCCGCGGGCGUGUCCGACUGCUUCCGAGCCAUUGCUGCGCAGAGCAGACGACCCGUGCGUGGCUUUGUCUCGGCGGCAGCGACGCAGCACGAGCAGGAGGCCAUCGACUACGACAUGGAGGCCUUUUCGCGCGUGAUGCGCAUCAACGUCGAUGGCACCAUGAUCCCUGCCCAGGCGGCUGCGCGGCUGAUGCGCGACUCGGGCCUCGGUGGCUCCAUUGUCCUGAUUGCCAGCAUCAGCGGCUUCAUCACCAACCGGGGCCUCACCUGCACGGCGUACAACUCGUCCAAGGCAGCGUGCCACCAGAUGUGCCGGUCAGUGGCCGUCGAGUGGGGCAAGUUCGGCAUCCGCGUCAACACCAUCAGCCCCGGCUACAUUCGCACGGCCAUGACCAACAUGCUGCUGGCCGACAAGCCCAAGCUGCUGGAGCGGUGGGAGGACGACAACCCGCUCCGGCGCAUCGGCAUGCCCUCUGAGCUCAAGGGCCCCGCUGUGUUUCUGCUCAGCGAGGCUGCCAGCUUCAUCACGGGCACUGACGUCCGGAUUGACGGCGGCGUGAGUCUGUAG